AUGUCUACAGACGAUACGACAUUGCCUACAAACGGUGACAUCAUGGAUCAGACCAACGGAGCACCUCAAGAACACGACGCAGCCGCCGAGACUGUCGCCGCCAUUGCUCAGGCACAAGCCAUGAGCGCCGGUAAGAUCAUCGCUCUCUAUGAUCGUCAAAUCCGCCUUUGGGGUGUGCAGGCUCAAGAGAGAAUGCGCUCUGCCAACAUUCUGCUCAUAUCUGUCAAGGCUUUAGACAGCGAGCAAAUCACCGAAGAUGACCUGGGUGCUCAGUACUUUGUGCGCGAGGAAGACAUUGGUCGCAACGUGCGUAUCUCGAAGGCUGCUGCAGAGCGUCUCCAAGAGUUGAACCCAAGAGUCGCCGUCAGAACCGACAGCAGCAACAUCUUGACCAAGGAUCAGACUUACUACGCCCCCUUCCAACUCGUCAUUGCCUGCGACCAGAAUCUGGAAACCAUGUCUACCAUCAACGCCGCAUGUCGUCUUGUCAACCGCCCAUUCUACGCUUCUGGUAUUCACGGCUUCUAUGGUUUCAUUUUUGCCGAUCUGAUUCUGCACGACUACAUUAUUGAACGCGAAACCUCGAACAUGCCUACCGUUGUCAAACAGGAAUCUGCCACCCGCAGCAUCAUCGGAGUUUCGACCAAGAAGCAGAACGGCAAGAACAUCGAAACUGUCACAAAGCGUGAAAUCUACUCACCACUACUCCUUGCCAACACUUCGCCCUUGCCGGACGACUUCAUCCGCAACCGCCGCAAGAUGAGAUCCGUCACACCUCUCCUUCCUUGUCUGCGCGCGCUCUGGGACUUCGAACGCAACCACCACCAUCUGCCUGAUCAAAACUCUAAACCUGAUCUGGCCGAGUUCACUCGCAUGGCCACCAACAAGCUUAAGGAGCUCCAGAUGCCAGUCGAGACCCUCACAGCCGAGUUCCUCCGCAGCUUCUUGCAUAACAUUGGUAGCGAGAUUGUGCCCACUGCUGCAUUUGUUGGUGGCAGACUGGCAGAGGACGUCAUCAAUGUGCUCGGCAAGCGCGAGCAACCCAUCCAGAACUUUGUCAUGUUCGAUGGUGAGAACUUUGACGGACCUAUCUACCCUCUGAACACAUUCCUGCAAACCAGUGGCCUGGGUGUUCCUCAGGUGCAACCUUCUGAGCUCGAGAUGCAGCAGAUGCAGAACGGACACAGCAACGGAGUGCACAUCGAUAACGCAAUCUCCACUGCACCUGCCAAUGGCGAAAAUGCCGUCCAAGGAGAGGAUGUUGACGCUAUCGUCCUCGAGUAG